AUGGGGCAGGUCCUGCCGGUCUUCGCCCACUGCAAAGAAGCGCCCUCGACAGCUUCCUCAACCCCUGAUUCCACAGAAGGCGGGAACGACGACUCAGAUUUCCGGGAGCUGCACACAGCCCGGGAAUUCUCAGAGGACGACGAAGAGGAGACCACGUCGCAGGACUGGGGCACCCCUCGGGAGUUGACCUUCUCCUACAUCGCCUUCGAUGGCGUGGUGAGCUCUGGGAGCCGCCGGGACUCGGCUGCCCGCCGCCCACGACCCCAGGGCCGCUCAAUCUCAGAAUCACGAGACCCGCCCCCUCAGCCAGGACUAGGAGACAGCCUGGAGAGCAUUCCUAGCCUGAGCCAAUCCCCAGAGCCCGGACGCCACGGUGCCCCUGACAUCGCCUCUGCAGCUGAGCGCCCCCUGGAGGACCUGCGGCUCCGGUUGGACCAACUGGGCUGGGCCGCCCGGGGAGCAGGAUCUGGGGAGGACUCCCCCACCAGCAGCUCCACACCGCUGGAAGAUGAGGAGCCUGAUAGAUCAGAGGCGGGAGAGGCUGGGAACGAACGGAACCUACACCUCCUGCUUGCUCAAUCCUCGCCGCCUGAGGUUCUGAUUCCCCAGCCCAGCCCUGGCUCUGGGGUUCCUCAGGCUCGUACCCCGUCCCAGUCCUCUUCCCGAUCGCGGGAUUCGAACUCUUGGCCUGAUGAGCCCUCGCUGGACGAGAAAGAGGAAGAGCCGUGGGGGCAACUGGAACGGGAGCGAAUCACGGGGCAGUGCCCCGACAGCAGGGACCAAUCAGAAUUCACGUUGGAAUCACACCUUCUAGUGGCGGACCUGCUGUACUGGAAGGAUUCGAGAACGUCAGGCGCGGUCUUCACGGGCCUCCUGGUCUCCCUGCUCAGCCUCCUGCAGUUUAGCAUCGUGUCCGUGGCUGCCCACGUGGCCCUGCUGCUGCUCUGUGGCACCAUCUCUCUCAGGGUUUACCGCAAAGCGCUGCAGGCUGUGAACCGGGGGGACGGCGCCAACCCUUUCCAGGCUUACCUGGAUAUUGACUUGACCUUGACCCGGGAGGAGACAGAGCAUUUGUCCCAUCAGAUUGCCUCCCAAGUGGUCUCUUCGGCCACGAGACUGCGGCAUUUCUUUCUGGUGGAAGACCUCGUGGACUCCCUCAAGCUGGCCCUCCUUUUCUACAUCUUGACCUUUGUGGGCGCCGUCUUCAACGGUUUAACGCUUCUCAUUCUAGGAGUGAUUGGUUUAUUCACCUUCCCUCUGCUAUACCGGCAGCACCAGGUCCAGAUUGACCAGUAUGUGGGAUUGGUGACAAAUCAGUUGAGCCACGUCAAAGCUAAGAUCCGAGCUAAGAUCCCAGGGACUGGAACUCUUGCCUCGGCAACAGCUGCUGUCUCUGGAUCCAAAGCCAAAGCCGAAUGA